GAAUAAAGAUUAGAGAGAAGUUCUGAUAAUUCUAUGGUUUCUAAUGUUUCUAUGCUAUUUCACAUUUCCUCAGUUUAUAGAUUAUAUAGUAUUAUAUAUCAUUAGAGACUAGAGUAUAGAUGAAAUAACAUUGCUAUUGAAUUCAUUGAAAUUAAGUAAAAUUUCUCUUAUUUUGUACUUACUGCGUAAACCAAUUAUUUUUUGAUGGUUUAAGAGCCUUUACAGUUCAAGUUACAAUGGGUCUUUAAGUUUUGUUGAUAUGUUAUCUGAAUUAAUAUAUUCUUUUACUGAAUAUUAAACUUUGUUCAUGAUUAUGUCGCUGCUAUGUAUAAAAUCUUAGUUGGUAUUUUAAUUGAAGUUAAAUAAAAUGAUCAUCCGUAACAUUUUCAACAGAAAUCUAACCUUGAAGUAUUUACGAAGUAAAUGUCAUGUACAGCCAAAAUUAUGUAGGCAGUUAAAUGUACAGUGUAUAAAACAUGAAUAUUAUCCAAAUGCCCACUGUACAAACAUACAUGUGACUGGAAAAUCUUUGAUUCACAACACUAAUACUACUAAUACUAGUAGAUUUCCAUCGUGGAAAUGGUUGUUAGCAAUUUCACUUGUGUAUGCUGGAUACGAUAGUCAAAAUAUAUUUGACUUGAUAAACCAAGGAUCUGCAGAAGAAUUAACUAAAUUUUUAAAAGAUAAUCCAAAGGCAGUUAAUAAACUCCAUUUAUUUGGUUGGGCUCCAUUACAUGUGGCUGCAUCAAAUAACAAGUAUGAACACUUAGAGGUUUUACUAAAAUCUGGAGCAGAUCCAGAUUUAAGUGAUGGUUUUUCAAACUGUUUAAAUGUUGCUCGAAAGCAAAAUAUUAACCCUUCAGAUGUUAUAUCAAUAAGAGAGAAGCAUUUUAUGCAUAAUUUUAAUGUUAAUGCAACAUUUCAAGGAUUUACUGCUUUUCAUUAUGCAGCAUUAUUAAAUAAUACAGAAUCAUUGAAAGUUCUAAUGGAUUAUGGUGCUGAUCCUCAUUUAAAAUCUGUGUCUGGCCAUAAACCAAUAGAUUUGGUUACAGACUUAACAAUUUAUGAACUACUUGCUGAUUAUGAAAACAAUUUUGAACUUAUUAAAAAUAAAAAGGAAGCAGAAAUACGAAAAAAAUUUCCUUUAGAAUUGAGAUUGAAACAAAAAAUUAUUGGCCAAGAAAAUGCUAUUAAUGUUGUCUCGUCAGCUAUUAGACGUAAAGAAAAUGGUUGGACGGAUGAUGAACAUCCAUUAGUUUUUUUGUUCCUCGGUUCAUCUGGUAUUGGUAAAACAGAAUUAGCUAAACAGAUUGCUAGCUAUCUACACAAAAACAACAAAGAUGGUUUUAUUAGACUUGAUAUGUCUGAGUACCAAGAAAAACACGAAGUUGCCAAAAUGAUUGGCUCUCCACCUGGGUAUAUUGGAUAUGAUGAUGGUGGUUACCUUACAAAACAGUUAACUAAAAAUCCAAAUGCUGUAGUAUUGUUUGAUGAAGUUGAAAAAGCUCAUACAGACGUAUUGACAAUAUUGUUACAGCUGUUUGAUGAGGGUCGUAUAACUGAUGGUAAAGGAAAGACAAUUGUGUGCAAAAAUGCUAUAUUUGUUAUGACUUCAAAUUUAGCUAGUAAUGAAAUUGCAGACCAUGCUUUAGAAUUAAGAAAUGAGGAACGUCAAAAUAAACUUGUAGAAGAUAACUGGCUAUCUAAUAAAAAAACUGAAAAACAUAAAGAAGUUGUAACAUUUAUCUCUAAAAAAUUCAAAGAUCAAAUUGUAAAACCUAUUUUAAAACAACACUUCAAACGUGAUGAAUUUUUGGGACGUAUUAAUGAAGUGGUGUAUUUCCUACCAUUUUCAGAAAUGGAAUUGAAGACUAUUGUUCAAAGAGAAUUACAAUAUUGGCAAGAAUUGGCUUUAAAGAAACAUAAUAUAAAAAUUGAAUGGGAUAGUGCUGUUGAACAUGUUAUAAUUGGUGCAUAUGAUGUGAAUUAUGGUGCCAGGUCGAUUAAACAUGAAGUGGAAAGGUCUGUAGUAGCUCAACUAGCUAAAGCACAUGAAAAUGGAUUAAUUAAAAAAAACACUGUUGUAAAAAUUGAAGCAGAUAUUACCAAAGGUGAUCAUGGAAAUAUAUUUCUGAAGAUUUAAUAGGAAUACUCACUUAAAAUUGUUAUAUUUCUGUUUGAUUGUGAUAUUAGUUGUUAUUUCCUCUAUUAUACAUUUUAUGUAUAAAUAAAUAAGAUAAUAAUUAUGAUGUCAUAUAAUGUUUUGAAAAUACAA